AUGAAUGCUCUGCAUGGUGUAGGUGCAGACGGCGCUAUGACAGUGGCUCGCGAUGAGGGCUCUCCAGAGCGGCUGGGGGGCGCGCUCCGCCGGCUGCAUUACAAGGCGACCAGGCGCGCGCACUCCGCCGCCGCUCGCCACCACAACAACACUCCGCCCAAGGGGUUCUUGAUCCAGAAAGCUUCACGACCCGUGAACCCAAUCUAG